CUGUUAAAAACUGUUCAAAGUUCCAAACAAACAGAACGUCAGAAGUUGCAAUCUGUGACUACAAUCAUCUGUGAUCUAUGUUUUAAUGCUAAGCCAAUUGUUCCUUAGCUAAUAAGUGCCUCCAGUGCACUUAUAGAUAGUAGAAUACAAUUAGCUAGUUUUCAUAAUGACAUCACCAUCAAAGGCGAUUCUGGAACGAUGCAUCUUUUGCAAAAUCGUCACCGGCCAGGAUCCUAACGCGUCGAUAGUGUACGAAAAUGAACGCAUCUGCAUCUUCAAGGACAUUCGUCCGGCGGCAGAACAUCACCUGUUGGCCGUCCCGAAGUAUCACCUGGAUGACGUGCGCUCGUUGACCGAGGCUGAACGUCCUCUGUUGGAUGAAAUGCGACAAGAGUUGGGGAACGUCUUGAAGGACCAAUUCCAGGUCGACUUGGCCGAGGUGCUUUUCGGAUUUCACGUUCCACCGUUUACGACGGUUAAGCAUCUGCACAUGCACGGUAUGGGACCGGUGGGCAGCAUGGGAUUCAUUUCCAGGAUGAUCUUCCGGCCGAACUCGAUGUGGUUCAAAACGGAUCAAACUAUCAUGGAUCAGAUGCCAUCGGUUUCGCAGGACAAGACACCAACACAAUGAGGGAAUACUCUAUAAAAUAUUAUUGAUUUUUUUUAGUCGUUCACGUUUCUAGAGCAUCGAAUUUGCAGAUGUUUGUUAUGGAAGAAUUUGUAUCGCAACUCCAAUAUAAAGUUUUUUCCUUUCCUGUAUAGCAUAUACAAUAAAUUUCAAUUUUUCGUUA